UUUCGGCUUCUUGGUCGGUCACUUACCCGGACAGUCUGUCGGCUGUCCAGGGUUCUUGUGCCGUGCUCCCCUGCAAGUUCAGCUUCCCAAGUGGGGUUUCCGACACCAAUGGGAUCGUGGCCAUCUGGUUCAAAGAUGUGGAUACGCAGUCGGUCACCGUUUUCCACUCCAAGUCUCCGGAGACGAUCGAUGCUCGCUUUCGAAGCCGCGCCGAACUGCUGGGUGACCCCCUUAAACGCAACUGCACCCUGCUCCUGCGACACUUGACGAUGGAAGAUGUUGGCAAGUAUUCCUUCCGGUUCGAAGUGGUCAAGGCGAAUAGUUGGACGGAGAAGAAGCAGCUCCAGCUGACCAUCACUGAUAAUCCUGAUACACCCACCAUUGCUGCCCCCGGAGACCUGAAGGAAGGAGUUCUGGAGACCUUUAAGUGUUCCAGUCCGUACGUCUGUCCCUAUGACCACAGCUCCCUGAGAUGGUUUGGCUAUGACCCUGAGAUCUCAAGUGUAUCUGGAACAGUCCAGCUGGACACCACGACAGCCAUCUCUAAGCAAACCCUCCAAACGACACUGACCUGGAAGAACCACCAACAGAAGUUGGUCUGUGAAGCAUGGGUCGGGACCAAGAAGGCCAGAGGGGAAGUUAUUCUCCAUGUAGGAC